UUUAUUAUAGGUGACAGCAACCACAUAUAAGUAAAACCCUACAUGUAUUUGUUGUUGCCUUUGGUCCAAGCAUCAAGUCAAAAUCAGCUGUUCAUUUGCAGUGUGAUUUGCUUGUAAAACGUACGCUGGAAAUAGUCACAAAAUAAAAAGUCGCCUUUCCCAGAGUUCAUUGAAGAUGUCGUAUGUAGCUUAUGUGCAAGGUAUAUUUAUUAUGUGUGAAUUAAUUUGCCAAGGGCAUGCAUAAGGUGAAAUUGAAUGUUGAGAGUGAAGUUUGGACGUGGAAAAAUUUUAAAAUAGAGAAACAUAACGCAAAAAAAGUUCAAAACAAUGACAAAAUUAAAGUCUCACUGCGUACAGAAAGUAAUGAUAUUGAUGGCUAUCAGAAAUCCACCUUGGCUGCUAAUGACUAUGAUGACUUCAUACUAAAUACUGUUGAGAUGCGCAUACCAUAUUGCAUAAAAAUGUUUGCUUCAUGUUUUUUGUGGAAAAUCGAUCGCUAUGAUUGACAUC